AUGGCGGCGACACAAAUGCUGCUGCAUCUUCUUCUCAUCAUUCUCUUCAUCACAAACCCUAAUCGAAUCGGAGCAGAACUCACCAGCGAGUUACAGACAUUGAUAGACAUUAAAAAGGAGCUAGACCCAGAAAACAAACACCUAGCUUCGUGGAGCAUCAAUGGAGAUCCGUGCAAGGACUUUGAAGGCGUUGGUUGCGAUUUGAAAGGAAAAGUCUCAAACAUAACUCUUCAAGGGAAAGGUCUGUCCGGUAAAAUCUCACCGGCCAUUGCAGAGCUCAAACACUUGACGGGUUUGUUCUUACAUUACAAUGCUCUUGUCGGAGACAUCCCCAGAGAAAUUGGUAACUUGUCGGAGUUAACGGAUCUUUAUCUCAAUGUCAAUAAUCUCUCCGGCGAGAUUCCUUCUCACAUUGGGAAGAUGGAAGGCUUGCAAGUUUUGCAGCUCUGUUACAACAAUUUGACAGGAAGCAUUCCAAGGGAGAUUGGUUCACUGAAGAAGCUCACUGUUCUUGCUCUUCAAUCUAACAAACUCACUGGUGCUAUACCUGCGACUCUAGGGGAUUUACACGCUCUAGAGCGGUUAGAUUUGAGUUUCAAUCACCUCUUUGGCUCUGUUCCAGGGAAAUUAGCUGGUCCUCCUCUGCUUCGAGUACUCGAUAUCCGCAACAACUCGCUCUCUGGCAAUGUACCUCCUGUUCUGAAGAGACUGAAUGACGGCUUUACUUUUGAGAACAACUUGGGGCUAUGUGGAGAUGAGUUCAGGCCUUUGAAAUCUUGCAAUGGCACAGCUCUGCAGGAACCCAAACCGUAUAGUGCAACCGUGACCGGUUUUCCAUCCCGAGAUAUACCAGAAUCAGCUAAUCUUCGGUUACCUUGCAAUGGAACAGACUGUAAUGCUCCUCCAAAAUCUCACCAAGGUUCAAUCUUAGUCGGUUUGGUUGUCUCGACCAUCGCAUUGUCUGCCAUCAGCAUCCUCUUGUUCACACAUUACCGUAGACGCAAACAGAAGCUUUCAACCGCUUAUGAGACGUCUGAAACUCGUCUCAACACCCUAGGAGGAGGCUUCAGGAAGAACAAUGGUUCUCCUUUGGCCAGUCUUGAGUACUCCAAUGGUUGGGACCCGCUUUCAGACAACAGGAACCUCAGUGUCUUUGCCCAAGAAGUUAUCCAAAGCUUUCGAUUCAACCUUGAAGAGGUCGAAACUGCUACUCAAUAUUUCUCUGAAGUGAAUUUGCUCGGAAGAAGCAACUUCUCUGCAACUUACAAAGGAAUCUUGAGAGACGGGUCAGCUGUUGCGAUUAAACGGUUUAGUAAAACAAGUUGCAAAUCUGAAGAACCUGAGUUCUUGAAAGGACUUAACAUGUUGGCGUCUCUGAAACAUGAAAACCUGGUGAGACUUAGAGGUUUCUGCUGUUCAAGAGGCCGUGGAGAAUGCUUUCUUAUCUAUGAUUUUGCUCCCAAUGGAAAUCUACUGAGCUAUCUCGAUCUCAAAGAUGGCGAUGCACAUGUUCUUGAUUGGUCCACGAGAGUAUCCAUCGCCAAAGGCAUUGCAAAGGGGAUUGCUUAUCUACAUUCAUACAAAGGAAGCAAACCGGCGUUGGUUCACCAAAACAUCUCAGCCGAGAAAGUCCUAAUCGACCACAGAUACAAUCCGCUGCUGUCAAACUCAGGCCUUCACACGCUUCUCACAAACGACAUUGUCUUCUCUGCGCUCAAAGACAGCGCAGCGAUGGGCUAUCUCGCUCCAGAAUACACCACAACAGGACGGUUCACAGAGAAAUCGGACGUAUAUGCUUUCGGGGUUCUUGUGUUCCAGAUAAUCUCUGGGAAACAGAAGGUUUCGAAUCUGGUAAGGCUUGGAACUGAAGCUUGUAGGUUCCAUGAUUACAUAGAUCCAAAUCUUCAGGGAAGAUACUUUGAAUACGAGGCCACGAAGCUAGCGAGAAUCGCGUGGCUAUGCACUCAUGAAUCAUCCAUUGAGAGACCGUCGGUGGAAGCUGUUGUGCAUGAGCUGGGGAACUGUAGUAGCUGUCUCUGA